UAACCGCAUGUAUACCGGCUCCAGUGACCAGACAGUCUGCGCAUACGACAUUAAGUCAGGAUCAUGUACAUACAAGUUUAGUUUUCGUGGAAGAGUAAUGUGCUUACACGUUGCGUUUGGUAAACUCUUCGUUGGACUCAGCAGUGGCUAUGUAACCGUUGUUGAUUUAAAGACCAACGAGUGCAUAGAUCAGUUCAAUUGUCACGUGCCGAAUAAAAUAAGCUGUCUGUCAUCAGGCACGGAAGGUCAACGUUCCUUGCUUUGUACGGGUUCUUUUGAUGCGACGAUCACCAUCCGGGAUCAAAUGACUGGCUUGCUCAUACGUCAUAUAAAAGAUCACAAGUUGACAGUGUUGUGCAUGCAGGUCGUGGAGAAUGUACUGUACAGUGGGUCAGCGGAUACUGUUGUGAGGUCGCAUAACAUCAACACUGGAGAGUUGUUGCGCUCUUACAGCGGGCACACAAUGAGUGUCAGCGGUCUGCAGGCGCUGGGAGGCGUCUUGGUGACGUCAUCUCUUGAUAAGAUUGUUCGAUGUUACGAUAUUGAGACUGGCGAACUUCUUCAACUUUAUGGCGGGAACACUAACAUGAUAUUUUCCUUAUGUGUUCUUGGAAAUAUGAUCUACACGGGUUGUCGAGAUGGUCGUUUAUCAAGUGUGAAACUAGAUCUUAGGAAAUAUCACAGUUGUAAAUGGCGCAAUUGUUCGCUGAAAUUUGGUGUGUUGAGUCAUUUUAAACAACACGUUGAAGAUCACAUCAAUGAAACGGUCAAUUUGAAAGAUUGUUUUUGGCGGGAAUGUCUUCAUACGUUCUUCGGCCACAAUCAGUCGGAGGUAAUUCAAGAAGCGAAGAAACACAUAUUAAGUCAUGUCCAAAUGGCCUAAGGUUACAUUGCUGUGAAUGGAACUUAAUUUACUGUUGUCGUGUAAACAAAUACGAAAAAGCCAAAGUUGAAAUAUUUUUGUCGGAGUUACUUGGUGCGAUAAAAUAUCAAAACAAUAAUUUUAAUGUUAUUAUAAGUUAAAAGGUUAUAGAGGAAAUAUAUAUAAAUAUAUACAUUAAA